GCGCUGAGACCCAGCUCAGCAGAGUGAGGGCUGCAGUGGGAGCAAGUUCGGACGCGCUCCUGCGCGAUGACCAUGUGGAGCGUCCGGCGCAGGCCGGGCCGCACGCUGGGACUCCUGCUGCUGGUAAUCUUGAGUUUCCUGGUGCUCCGCAGGCUGGACUGGCGGAAUCUGAUCCUCCCGUGGCUAAGGCACCGGCAGACAGGGCUGCAGGCCAAAGGCCAAAACUUUGUGCUGGAGGAUUCCCCCUUUUGGAUCUUCGGGGGCUCUGUGCACUAUUUCCGUGUGCCCAAGGAAUACUGGAGGGACCGCUUACUGAAGAUGAAAGCCUGUGGCUUAAACACCCUUACCACCUAUGUUCCGUGGAACCUCCAUGAGCCAGAAAGAGGCAAAUUUGACUUCUCUGGGAACCUGGACCUGGAGGCCUUUGUGCUGAUGGCAGCAGAGAUUGGGCUGUGGGUGAUCCUGCGUCCAGGCCCCUACAUCUGCAGUGAGAUCGACCUCGGGGGCUUGCCCAGCUGGUUACUCCAAGACUCUGGCAUGAGGCUGAGAACAACUUACAAGGGCUUCACCGAGGCAGUGGACCUUUAUUUUGAUCACCUGAUGUCCAGGGUGGUACCUCUCCAGUACAAGCACGGAGGACCCAUCAUUGCUGUGCAGGUGGAGAACGAAUACGGCUCCUAUAACAAAGACCCUGCCUAUAUGCCUUACAUCAGGAACGCCUUGGAGGAUCGAGGUAUCGUGGAGCUGCUCUUGACUUCAGACAACAAGGAUGGCCUUCCAAAGGGAGUCGUCGAUGGAGUGCUGGCCACGAUCAACUUACAGUCACAACAUGAACUGCAGUUACUGUCCACCUUUCUCUUAAGUGUCCAGGGGGUUCAGCCCAAGAUGGUGAUGGAGUAUUGGACGGGGUGGUUUGAUUCGUGGGGUGGCCCACACAACAUCCUGGAUUCUUCCGAGGUUUUAAAAACUGUGUCUGCCAUCAUCGAUGCUGGCUCCUCCAUCAACCUCUACAUGUUCCACGGAGGCACCAACUUUGGCUUCAUAAAUGGAGCCAUGCAUUUUCAUGAAUAUAAGUCUGAUGUCACCAGCUAUGACUAUGACGCGGUGCUGACGGAGGCUGGGGACUACACAGCCAAGUACAUCAAGCUCCGGGAAUUCUUUGGCUCCAUCUCAGGUGCCCCUCUGCCACCCCUGCCUGACCUUCAUCCCAAGACUGCUUAUGAAGCAGUGAAGCCAACUUUCUACUUGUCACUGUGGGAUGCCCUGAUGUACCUGGAGGAGCCAGUCAAUUCUGAAAGGCCAGUCAAUAUGGAGAACCUGCCUGUGAACAAUGGGAACGGACAGUCCUUUGGGUACAUUCUGUAUGAGACCACCAUCGCCUCAUCCGGUGUCCUCAGCGGUCUUGUGCGUGACCGAGGACAGGUAUUUGUGAACACAGUAUCUGUAGGAUUCUUGGACUAUAAAAGGAAGCAGAUCGUUAUCCCCCUGAUCCAGGGUUACUCCAUGCUGAGGAUCUUGGUGGAGAAUCGCGGGCGAGUCAACUAUGGAGAUAAUAUCGAUGACCAGCGCAAAGGUUUAAUAGGAAAUAUCUAUCUGAAUGAUUCCCCCCUGAAAAAAUUCAGAAUCUACAGCUUGGAUUUGAAAAAGAGCUUCUUUCAGAGGUUCAGUGCUGACAAAUGGAGCCUUAUCCCUGAAGUACCCACGUUCCCUGCUUUCUUCCUGGGCGCCUUGUCUGUUGACCUCUCCCCUUCUGACACCUUCAUGAAGCUGGAGGGCUGGGAAAAAGGGGUUGUAUUCAUCAAUGGGCAAAACCUUGGACGCUACUGGAACGUUGGACCCCAGGAGACCCUCUACCUCCCAGGUGCCUGGUUGGACAAAGGCAGUAACCAGGUGGGAGUACCUGCAGCCCUGGGACCCCUUCUGAACCCAUUUCUCCCAGGUCAUUGUUUUCGAGGAGACGAUGGCAGGCCCUGACAUACAGUUCACUGAAACACCCCACCUAGGCAGGAGCCAGUACGUUAACUGAGAAGCACCGCCCAGCGCCGCCAGGGCCGAAGCAGGCCCGCGGUCCUGCGACCCGCUGACCUGCCUUCGCUCCUGCACAUGCGCGAGGUUCCCAAAUCAGUGACUCCGGGAGCCGAGGAGCUGCUGCUUUGCAAGUGCCUCGUAGAACCGAAGAAGGUGGGCUCUCUGCCUGCCUAAUGACUCCUUGACGGGCUUUGUGGCUGCGCCUUUGCCACUUCCCCGCUGUCUGGGCAGGGACAGCGGGAGACACCCGCGGGUGGGAAGGUCAGGUCGACCUCCGCCUGCUGAUACCUGGGUCCUCAGGGAGGUCCGGCUGCUGGGCAUGCCUGCUGCUCUGUGUGACCUCCUCUGGGCUGGGUGCACCCCUCAGGGUCCGUUUUCCUCUCUGGAUGGUGGGUUCGUCACCGUUUGUAGAGGAUAGGCGGUGUAGGGGUCUCCCCUGAGUCCACUUUGUCCUUCACCACCCUCCCUGAGCUUUCUCUGAAAUUCUGGAAGAAACUGAGAGAUGCACGUUUUCUCCUUUUCAUUCCCACUCUAAUUGCAUCUGACAGAUUGACAAACCCAGUUUAAGAAACAGAAAUACUCAGCCCCUUAUUUUCCUUAAUUAGUGAGUAUUUCCAGUUUUACUCAAUGAGAAGCACCAGCUGAGGAAGAAAUGUAGAUCCUAGCGAAACCACGUCCCUGUCUGAGGGUCCAGGGAAGCAAAGGGCAGAAGACCAGCCCCAUUGUGUGGGUGGGUAGCCACCCCCGGGUCCCUGGCCUGGCUCUGUUUCUCUCCCUCGACCUCCUGGACUUAGCAGAGGGAGAACAGGUCGCCUUCCUUUGCAGUUGUCUGCAUAAAUUUGAGGCGCUAGUUCUGGGAAUUCAGUCCAGUGGUUUGGUUCAGGUUUGCCAUCCUGAAUUGCAAUAAAGCAACAGAGUUGAAUCAAACUCUCUAUGGUGAUAUUUUUCCAAUCCCAUCUGUGUGAUUCACCAGAGGCA